CGGGCGUUCCAGACUCGCGGAGUUCUCAGCGUCUCCGCGCUUGGGGUGGCCGCGUCGGGAAGAGCUGAGCGGGGCUGGAGCGGCGGCCGGAGCCGGAAAUAAGUAACCAUGGUGCUCAAUAGUUUGGAUAAGAUGAUUCAACUCCAGAAAAACACUGCCAACAUCAGGAAUAUCUGUGUUUUGGCUCAUGUUGACCAUGGAAAAACUACUUUGGCUGACUGUCUUAUAUCUAGCAAUGGAAUCAUCUCCAGCCGCCUGGCAGGCAAGUUACGGUACAUGGACAGCAGAGAAGACGAGCAGAUCCGAGGGAUCACUAUGAAAUCCAGCGCCAUUUCACUGCAUUAUGCGACAGCUAAUGAGGAGUACCUGAUUAAUCUGAUAGACUCUCCAGGACAUGUGGAUUUUUCCUCAGAAGUGUCAACAGCUGUUCGCAUUUGCGACGGGUGCAUUAUCGUGGUGGAUGCCGUGGAAGGAGUCUGUCCGCAGACACAGGCAGUUCUGCGACAAGCCUGGCUUGAAAACAUCCGUCCAGUUUUAGUGAUUAAUAAGAUAGAUCGCUUGAUAGUGGAACUGAAAUUCACCCCACAGGAGGCCUAUUCGCACCUCAAGAAUAUUCUAGAACAGAUUAAUGCACUCACAGGAACUCUUUUUACUUCUAAAGUCCUAGAAGAAAGAGCAGAGAGAGAGACUGAAUCCCGGGUGAAUCCAAAUUCUGAACAAGGAGAGCAGGUGUAUGACUGGAGCACUGGCUUGGAGGACACAGACGAUUCUCACCUUUACUUCUCUCCAGAACAGGGAAAUGUGGUGUUUACCAGUGCAAUAGAUGGAUGGGGCUUUGGAAUUGAACACUUUGCCAAAAUCUAUAGUCAAAAGAUUGGCAUCAAAAAGGAAGUUCUUUUGAAAACCUUGUGGGGAGAUUAUUACAUGAAUAUGAAGGCUAAGAAGAUUAUGAAGGUUGAUCAGGCUAAAGGAAAGAAACCUUUAUUUGUACAGUUGAUCCUGGAAAAUAUAUGGAGUUUGUAUGAUGCUGUCUUGAAAAGGGACAAAGAAAAAAUUGAUAAAAUAGUGACUUCUUUAGGAUUAAAAAUUGGAGCCCGGGAGGCACGACAUUCAGAUCCUAAAGUUCAGAUCAAUGCCAUUUGCAGUCAGUGGCUACCCAUAUCCCAUGCUGUUCUUGCUAUGGUGUGCCAAAAACUUCCUAGUCCCCUUGACAUCACUGCUGAGAGAGUGGAGAAACUGAUGUGUGCAGGAUCACAGAUGUUCGACUCUCUUCCACCAGAAACUCAAGCACUGAAAGCAGCUUUUAUGAAAUGUGGAAGUGAGGACACUGCUCCAGUUAUUAUCUUUGUUUCCAAAAUGUUUGCAGUUGAUGCUAAGGCCUUGCCUCAGAAUAAGCCAAGGCCUCUCACUCAGGAAGAAAUUGCUCAGAGACGUGAGCGUGCAAGACAGAGGCAUGCAGAGAAGCUUGCAGCAGCACAGGCGCAGGUACCCCUGGAGCCCACUCAAGAUGGGCGUGCCCUUGACGCAAGUCCAAAGGGAGAAGAGCCAAGAGGUGAUGAGCAACAGGUGGAAAGUAUGACCCCUAAGCCUGUGCCCCAGGAAGAAAACAACCAAGAGUCUUUUGUUGCAUUUGCUCGAGUGUUCAGUGGUAUAGCCCAAAGAGGAAAGAAAAUUUUUGUCUUGGGGCCCAAAUACAGUCCUGUUGAAUUUUUAAAACGGGUACCACUAGGCUUCUCAGCUCCGCCAGAUGAGCUCCCCGCAGUCCCCCACCUGGCAUACUGCACUCUGGAAAGACUGUAUCUUCUGAUGGGAAGGGAACUGGAAGAGCUAGAGGAGGUGCCUCCGGGAAAUGUGCUAGGUAUGGCGGCGUUGUGUAUAUGUGUCUAUUCCAUUCUGAGGGAUUACCUAGCGUGUCACUAA